UAGGGUUCCUCUGUUUAGAUUCCUCGAAUAUGCUUUCCAUGGCUACUUGAGCGAUUAGAAGUAGAAGAAAGGAGAAAGAAGAAUGGGGGAGGAGGGAUUGAAGCUCUUGACCUUUUGGUCGAGCCCCUUCGCGUGCCGGGUGAGGCUGGCGCUCGAUCUCAAGGGCCUGCACUACGAUCUCCAGGAGGAGGAUCUCUUCAAUGCCAAGAGCGCGCUGCUGCUGGAAUCCAAUCCGGUGCACAAGAAAAUCCCCGUGCUCAUCCACAAUGGCAAGGCGAUCUGCGAAUCCAUGAACAUCGUCGAGUAUGUAGACGAGGUGUGGCCGGAUCGCGGCACCGGAUUCCUCCUGCCGCGCGAUGACGCAUUCGCGCGGGCCACUGCUCGCUUCUGGGCGGAUUUCGUCGACAAGAAGUUCCUGAGCUUAACGGCGGCAUCGUUCAAGGCCGCGAUCUCGAGCGGCGAGGAGAAGGAGCGCGCAAACGAUGAGAUGAUCCAAGACAUGGUAGCGCUGGAGCGAUUUCUCGAGAGCCAGGGAGGCGUGUUCUUCAGUGGAAGCAACACGAGCAUGGGCUUCGUGGACAUCGCCGCCUCCUUUCUUCCAUGGUGGCUCCCGACGUACACGGAGAUCGGACGGCUCCGCGUGCCCGGCCCCGACACUUGUCCCCUCCUCCACCGCUGGAUCGCCGCGGUCAAAGACUCUCCAGAGGCCAAGGCCGCUUUUCCCGACCAGCAGGAACUCUUGGAUUUCACCAAAGUCCGCUUCGAGGAAGUGAAGAAGAGAUUUGCCCAGUAAGAAAGCUUCUCGAUCGAAGAGAUGGAUAGAAAAUAAUGGAAAGCAAAAACCUCUUCUAGUA